UUUACGCUCGAUGCAUCCGAAGAAUACAGGGCUUAUCUUAAACAUCCUAGUUAUAAUAUAUGUGGGAGAGGUGGCGAUGAAUUUAUUGGGGUAUUCCGUUCUCUUCAAGCAGCACGAGGUCUUAAUAGUUGGUACAUGCUAGCAAAGCAAGUACAGACCAGGAGAAGUUCCCCAAUAAGCUUUAAAUUUUAGAAGACGUUCACCGCCUUUACUGUGAAGAAUCUUGAUAAAAAGGAAAUGAAUCAAAUUAUGAAUUCCAAAGAUAUCAAUGGAAUCGCCAACAAAUGAAUAUCAAUGUUACAUGUGCCACCAUUGAAUACAGACAUCAGUGAAGGAAGACUGGAACAUUCCUCUCCAAUGAAAGAAUAUAGGCGUCCUUCUCUGUCCGUCAUCGAUGAAUCCAACAACAAUGACGAAGAAAAAGAUCUCAUUCUGCCGUCCAUCACUGUCACAUGUUGUGAUGAUUCAAAUCAAGCUAGUGAUAAUGACGAUGUGUCUUCUGUGACGUCAUCGAGAAGCGGAAGUGAGACGGAUUUAGCGCACUUGAAGGUGACAGCAAAUAGACUACGGCUGGCGACCAGAAGGUCGAGCAUUGUGGAAUGGAAGGAACAAUAUCUUGACCGACCUCGUCGGAGGUCAAGGCCAGACUUAAAAGUGGACUUUGACCACAAUGGUAACGAUGUGUUGACUGAGGAUAGAAAGCAUAAAAUAAAUGAAGCCUUAGUGUGGAUUAAAGACGAAUUACGAGCAAUGAGGUCGCAAGACCAAGCCCUGGCGAGAACGCUGCUCUCAUUACGUCAUGAUAUCCACAAACUGAAACUCAACCGGAGUUGUCAAGAGCAUAGGGAAAUGCUGGAUGACGUCACAAAAGAUAUGGAGGAAAUUCAACAACUGAAAGACAUAAGUGAUCUCCAUGUGGACACUGUGGAAAAUCCCUUGAAACACCUGGGGGUCACCUCUUACAAUUUGACCGCCAGGAGAUUUUCGACGUGUUAAAUCAAAUGCAUUAUCGUGUGUUUAGAAGGAAUUAAAUUUUCAUCCCAG